CUUUUUGAAGGGAUUGAGAUUUUACAUUGUUUUUCAUUGUUAAGACGAAAACCAUUGUUAUUACAAUGUAGAACCAUGGUCUUGGUCUAUUCGGGGUAUCAAAUCCUAUCAGGCUUUGCUCUUGGUGGCAAAAAUCCAUGUACAUUUUCACGUAGCGUUCAUGUGAAAAGUUUUUUCGGUGUAUUAUAAAUUUUCCCAAACAUGUUUUGGAACACGGGCACAUCAGUCGAAAACAUUUGAAAACAUGAUCGAAAUCGAAGACGUUAUUGAACCAACUCCGACCAGCGAAGCAUCCCGGAAGAUCAAUGCUAUCGAUAAGGAAACUGUGCACAAGAUUUGCUCCGGUCAGGUAGUGCUUAGUUUGGCGAUUGCCGUUAAAGAAUUGAUUGAAAAUGCGAUUGAUGCCGGAGCCACGGUUGUGGAAGUAAAGCUCAAGGAACACGGUGCUGAUCUAGUAGAGGUAUGUGACAAUGGCAGUGGCGUCGAGGAACGAAAUUUCAUCGGACUAACAGCCAAGUACCACACUUCGAAGUUGCGAGAAUUUUCCGAUUUGGCGAGUAUCGAAACCUUUGGAUUUCGAGGGGAAGCUCUGAGUUCGCUGUGCGCCUUGUCGGAUAUGGUCAUUGUAACUAAGCAUGAGACAGCCUCUCAUGGCACAAAAUUAGAACUCAACCAUAACGGUGAAAUCACAAGGAAAAGUCCCUGUGCGAGGUCAACUGGAACAACGGUAUCGUUGACUAAUUUGUUUUCGACUUUACCUGUCCGCAGAAAAGAAUUUCAGAAAAAUAUCAAAAGAGAAUUUAUAAAAAUGUGCCAGAUUCUACAGGCAUAUUGUUUAGUUUCCGUCGGCGUCAGAGUAAUUUGCACCAACCAUAGCAAAAAAAGUGGCAAAACGAUUAUCAUGAGCACGCAGGGAACGGGAACAGUAAUAGAUAACAUUUCAACGGUGUUUGGGUCAAAACAAACCUUAGAACUAGUACCUCUAAAGCCAGCGAUUGGGAGAAAUGGGAAAAUCAUUGAUUUGAAUGAAAGCGAUUUCGAUGAUAGCAUUUCGUUAACUCAGGAAGAAAUGGAUAAUCUCAAUCUUUCUAGAUACACUAUUGACGGUUACAUUUCGAGUUGUGCACAUGGGUCAGGUCGUAGCUCCAAGGAUCGCCAAUUCUUUUACGUAAAUUCGAGACCAUGCGAGCCAAAACAGAUAAUCAAGAUGGUUAAUGAAACCUAUCAUAAAUAUAACCCUAGCCAAAAUCCGUUCGUUUAUCUCAACCUCAAAAUGCAACGUUCUGAAGUAGAUGUUAAUCUUACACCAGAUAAACGACAAAUUUUGGUGAACAAUGAAAAAAUUCUACUGUUAGCAUUGAAAAAAUCGUUACUGAAGACAUAUGGUAACAUUCCAUCUACCUAUAAAAUGCAGAAUCUAGACUUGAGCACAACUACUCGUUUGUUGAAUAUUUCUUUCGCAUCGGAUAACGCUGAUGACACGGAUAAAGAACAGGAUAAGAGCUUAACGACGCCCGACACCCCCAAUCUUUCGACUACCUUCAAUCAAUGGAAAGCCUCCGAAAAGGCCGCAGACAACUCACCGCGGAAACCGACUACAUUAAAACGAAAACGAGAGGAAUUGCCAAAAAUAAGUAGCUUUCUUGAUGUUGGAUCGAAUCGGGUCUCCCAAAUAUCACGGGCGGGCUCCCACGAUGAUAAUGAUGAUGAUGAGCUCAAGUCGCUUCCUAAGAUAGCUUGUCGUACAACGUUGGUUGGUGGAAGCGAGAGUGAUAACAUUGCGGAUCAUGUAGAUGAUUCUAAUGAUGCGCAACGUAAGGUUGCAGUUGCAGAACCUCAAGAAGCUGAUAUCGGGAGGUGCUAUGAAAAAGAUUUUUGCAAAAAAUUAAGUGUAACAAGAUGUAUUAAUAAAAUUCCUGUUGUGGGUCCGGUUUUGAAAUUUGAAAAUAUUUUAUCACCCAACAAAGAAAAGGAAUCUGAAUCGAAUAGCCCUCAGAAGCAAACCAUACUAGAAAGCAUUACAGUAGAAGAUGCCAGUCACCAUUCAGAUGAAUCGUUAUAUGGUAAUAGGAGCGUUCAAAUCGAUCUACCAUCUUUGGCGAAACUGAUUGAACAAGAAAAAGAGAUCGCUGAGCGGGAAGAAGAGUCACGUAAAUGCAGCUUGAGUCGACUGAAGUUUAAAAGCAAAAUCAAUCCCGCCAGCAAUCGAUCGGCCGAAGACGAGCUUCAAAUGGAAAUAUCCAAGGAUAAAUUUGCUCAGAUGGAAAUAAUUGGUCAGUUCAAUUUGGGGUUCAUCAUUGCGAGGCUAGAUCUGGACCUGUUCAUUAUCGAUCAGCAUGCAACGGAUGAAAAGUACAAUUUUGAAGAUCUUCAGCGGACGACUAUUCUACAAAAUCAAAAACUAGUUGUACCCCAACAGCUUGAACUGACGGCGGUAAACGAAAUGAUUCUUAUGGACAAUCUGGAAAUUUUCGAAAUGAACGGGUUCAAGUUUGAGCUGGACGGUUCGGCCGAGCCAACCAGGAAAGUCAAACUUCUAGCUAAACCAUUCAGCAAGAACUGGGAGUUCGGGAAGGAAGACAUCGAUGAGCUAAUUUUUAUGCUGCAGGAUGCCCCGAAUACAGUGUGUCGCCCAUCGAGGGUGCGAGCAAUGUUUGCCUCCCGAGCUUGUCGAAAAUCGGUCAUGAUCGGAAAAGCACUUUCCAUCGGCGAAAUGCGAAAGUUGGUGAGCCAUAUGGGUGAAAUCGAGCAACCUUGGAAUUGUCCCCAUGGUAGACCAACAAUGCGACAUCUGGUCAAUCUUUCCAUGAUCGAGCAGAUCGAAGAAUCAAAUGAAAGUAAAGAGGAUUGAAGUUCUGUCUCUAGGUAAGUGAUAUUUGAAACUUUUAUUUUUGAAAAUAAUAUAAACGAUAUACAAGCUGUACCG